CUGCAGCAAUCCGGCACCCUAAUCUUAUCCCUAAAUGCAUCACUGCAAAACCCUAGAAUGAUUGGCAUGUGACAGCUGGGGUCUCAGCAUUCAGAUCAGUACAUCCUCGUCUUUUCAGGCCCCCCCCCCCACCCCUCCCCCCAGAGAGGCGAAAGGCUUCUGCGUGGUGAACUUUGCUUCGCUUUCUUCUCCAAACAAGACUAGCAGUUGGCAUUGAGUUUUCGGGGUUUCUCUGUAGAUAAGGUGAGAAAGAGCCGCUCUGAACUCCUCUCUUUUUUGACCUCUUGUUUCCUCAGAUUGGCCGGCAGGGAUUAAGGAGCCAUGCUACUGCUGCUCAGUGUUUCUCCUGCAGAUUGUAUGUUGCAGUUGUGUGACUCUGGAGGAGAACAUCCAUAUUCGACUUUGUAUGUAUACAUGCCUGGAAACACUGAAAGCUCGAAGAUGCAGAUGAACCAACGAGACUCCUGCUGCUACUACGAGAGUAUACGAUGAAACAUCUCACCUCUCGAUCGAGAAGCCUUCAGGAUGAUUCUAGAAGCUUUGAGAACACCGCUUUCUUUCUGCUGGAAACAAAGAACCUUAGUCAACCGUGUGAUGAGAUCGAAAGAGGAGACCUCAUCUUAGUAAAAUGCUUCACGGCUCGGUGCAAGAUGCUGAAUGCGAUCCAAUGUGGUGCAUUGCAGGGGCCAUUAUGGAUGUCAAUCUCUUCUUGGCAGCCUUCAACCAUCUGCACUGGCCACCAUUUGCUUUGCACAGAGUUGUCUAGCCAAGGAAGGCUGGCAAACUUGGUGGUCCAUGAGCUUUGGUAGAUGUCUUAAAGAGGUCUUGAUGGUCCCUGGUCUAUCUGCUACCUUCUUAGGGUUUCAAGUAUGCAUGCUUUACCUGCAAAUUCUUUUUACUACAUACAUAUACACAGAAAUAGGAACAUGGUCGAUCCAAAUAUAACUUUUCUCUAAGGUACAUAUGAUGCACAGGAGAGAGAAAAAGUGAUCAUAUGGUUUCAGAAUAAUUAUUUCCUUUUUCCUGGUUUUCUUGACAUAAGGCAUGCAUCAUUCGAUUAAGCUGUCCAUGAAGAAAGAGUGAAGAGUAAUGGCUGUUCUAACACAGAUGACUGUGAGGGAUGAAAGUAAAUACAAGAGUGAAACAUCUAUGGCUCAUUAGAUUAGACCAACUUACCCCUCGUAAAUAAAGCAGUGGUUGCAAGAUGUGUGUGAUGUAGAAGGAUAAAAACAGUGACUUGCCUGUCCAUUUGAUGGGCAUAAGUAUCCACCACAUGUUUGCAAAUGGACUACACCUUUUCCUUUUUGUUUUCUAGGGUUCGUGCAGAUCCGGCGUCUCUCCAGCAUCAGAAGUCAGUCAUAAUAGCCUGAUCGAGUUGCUGAUGGUUUUGGAGUUGAAAUCCUAUCUAAUCUGAAGAGGAGAUUGAAGAAUAUCUUAAGAUGAUCCGUAGUUCAAGAGAAGAAGGGGAACUCACCGGGCAAGAUGUCGGCACCAGCGAGAGCAAGGCUCAACCAAGUUUGAGAUCAUGGACGGCACACAACAAUCCAAGAAUUGUUCGAGUCUCGCGAACCUUUGGAGGGAAAGAUAGGCACAGCAAGGUCACGACCAUAAGGGGAUUGAGGGAUCGGCGCGUGAGGCUUUCGGUGCCUACAGCAAUUCAAUUGUAUGACCUUCAAGAUAAGCUCGGCUUCAAUCAACCUAGCAAAGUUGUGGAUUGGCUUCUCAGUGCCGCUCAGCAUGAGAUCGAUAAGCUUCCCCCACUCGAAAUGCUACCGGGAAAUCUCUUUCGGUUUCCUCAGCCCGUGGCGAACUCUCACGUGACAGGUUCGGCUCAUGCUUACUCCGGCAACGGCGUUGGUGAUGAUGAUGAGUACACUCACAGAGACAAAGCUCAACGAUUAGCAUCAUCGUCUAGUUUGGCAACUGAAAAUAUCUUUAUCAGCAACGUUGCGGAAGGCACAAGCAUGAUGCCGAAAGCUGUCAACUUGGAUGUUCUUCCGAGGAGCAAAGAGAAAGAAGCAUUGAAGGAUCAUGGUGUUGUGUUGGGGAACAGUGCAAUCACCUACAAUCCCUACUACCAUUUGGAGACGCCAAAUGCUUACUCGUAUGAUCACAGUGAAGUGCCACAUGGUCACCAUCCAGUGGCAAUACUUGCAUCAUACAUGGCCGCUGCAUCCAAAGUGGAACCCCAGCAGUACAGCCACCUUCAAAUGGCAAGCUCAGAAUCAUCUGCAAAUGCUCUCAGAACUUCUCUCCAUGCAGCAAUCCCAAACUUGAUGGUUCUCCACAAAAGGAACACCGCAUCGGAACACCACCAUCAAGAUCACCAUCAGACAUAGCAGACUCUCUACCUUCCUAUCAUCAUCAUCUAGAAUAAGCAGCAUUUGCAGACAACUUAGAACAUGUUUCAUAUCGAUUAUGAAUGUAUAGCCAUUACAAGCUUCUUCUAGGUACUGGAUGUAAAAUUUUCCUUUGCCCUGGAAGCAGAAGGCAGAAGAUGUACCUCUGUGUGAGACUGCUGGCUGCCAUGGCACUCAAAAGUGAACAUUCAGCUAUAUAUAAGAAGCAUGGUAAUGGUUGCACUCAAAAGUUAACUGAAGAUGGUGUUAGAAUCGACAGAGGAAGCCUGAUAUAAGCUCAUAUCAUGCUUAUAACUACACCACAUAUGGUAGAACCUAUCUGCAGUUGAUGUUGCAAAGAGCAGUAGCACAUCUGUUCACCUGAGAUCACCAUGCAUGUUGGUGUCAGAUUUGAACUGCUGUCGUUUGAUGUUUCUAUAUAGACUUUAAAUAAGAUAUGAUUUCGUCA